AUGAGCACUGUCACACCAGCAGUCCAAGUCGGCGCAGUGGUCCCUACCGCAACUGGCCAAGUGGGAGUCAACCCGGUCAGCAUUCUUCCUCCAGCUUCAGUCUUCCAAGGUACUGUAACUCCAGAUCUUGCGCGCGGUACCAUCAGAACGAUCACACGAGGACCGAGCUCUCGACCGGCCACCACAACACGAGAAGCUUUUUUCUCCGCGACUACCAAUGCUGCCGGCGACAUCGACAUCAGCAUCAUUGACCCGGCCCUGGAGGCCUUUCUCGAGGAUGCCGCACAGAAUGUGCCGGCUUGUGGCCUCAAGCGCCGGGCAUACUGCGGUGCUAGGGCCUUCGUUGACCAUUUCGAGACGCAAUUCGACAAGUCGGUUCAAGUCGUCGAAGACCUUGAAGAAGCAAUAUUUGAAGGAGCGCCCAAGCAUCCUAUCAAGAUUGAAGUGGAAAAGGCAAUUGAUCUGACUAAUGCUGAGGGUGAGGCUGAGGCAGUUCCCGAUGUGGCUUUAGCAUAA